AUGCAACUUAAAAAGUUUAACUAUCGUUUGGCAGUUCCAGAAGAUGCUGAUCGUAUCAUCGAAUUUUUGAAAGAAUCCUUCUGCAAAGAUGAACCAGUUACAAAAGUAAGUUAUAUAUGGAGGACUUUUAAUAAUGAAAAAAUAGUUGAAUUAUAGGCUUUGAAUAUGUCAUGGGAAGAGAUUAGAAGUAUUUACACUACAAUAACUGUAAGAUCCUUGCAAUAUCCAUUCUCGACUAUUGUCACCACUGGUAAGUUCAAACUGCCCGGGAUAGGUUCUCCAGCCCAUUUCUCUGAGCACGGGGAUGAUUUUUUCGAUUAAUGAGUACACAGUUCUCAACAAAAUGAUGUGUUAAACAUGAAAAAUUUAAAGCCCGGAAUCUGUUGAAUUCUUAUGCUUCAUGAAGCGUACUCAAAAAGUUCAAUAUUGAGGAUCUUAAAAUGAACAUGAAAUAAAAAUUCCACGGGUUCCGAAAGCUUGAGUUCAUGAGAUUGUUUUUAAAAAAAAUCAAAUCAUGAGAUUGUUUUAAAAGAGCUACACCUUCAACCUUCAAUGUGUCUGAUAAAUAACAUUCAAUUUUCAAAUAAAUUUCAUGAAAAAACAUUCUUAUCAGCUAAUAUUUCCUGGCGUAAAAGUGAGUUAUCAGCAAUAUUUGGUUUUUUGGAAUAUUCCAAACUGAUAAAUUGCGUAAACAAUUUUCGAAAAUAUAACUCGUGAUCUGAAAAAUCACAUGAAAAUGAUAUCAUCAACAUUGUUUGAUUUUUUAAAUUUAAGACUCUGGGGAGAUUGCUGCUGUACUUCUGAACUCGGUUUCUCGACGAACUGAUCUUUUGAAUAAAAUGGAUUUUGAUGAAAAUAGUAAUAUACGAGAAGAAAUUGUAUCGUUCGAGAAAAUGGUGAAACAAUGUCAUGCAAGUUUUUGGACACACUACGCUCCCAAAAAUAUUGAUGCAGUUAUUCAUCGUGAAGUAUCAAGUGUAAGCAAAAAAUAUCAGAGAAAUGGAAUCGCAACUCGAAUGGUGAGAGAAAACAUGAAAUUGGAAAAAUUGGAUGAGUAUAUGAUAGGUGGAAUUAUUUCGGAAACAACUUCGUUUGCAAAUCAAACACUUUUGGCCAAACAAGGAUUCAAAGUAAAAUGAAAAACUAGCAAUAAGAAGAAUACAAAUGAAUAAUUUCAGACUCUUCGCGAAAUUCCGUAUUCAUCAGUUGUCGAUUCUCGAGGAAACACUAUACUAAAAACGAGUGACGGUGCUAAAGGUCUACGAUUAAAUUUCAAGCCAAUUGAGGAAAUCUGA